AUAAUGUAGCAUAAGCAUAACGUGGUUUUAAAAGUGAAAAAUUAAACAUACUAAAGAGUACUUUAUAUCUGUUCUUUUUUAUUGAUCGGAAACUACUAUAAAUGCUGUCGUCCUGAUUUCUGGCUGUGAAAGCAUGAGCGGGCAGCAGGUGGCGCUGUUACUGCAGGAGUGUCUGAGGCGCGCAGGCACCGGACCUGAGGGAGACACGCAGCCCCGCCGCGCGGCAGAGGGCGCUGGUCCAGCAGGUCCUUACAGGAUUUCAGUUUGGCCGUUCCCGGGGGAUCUGAGCACGCUCCUGCAGGAGGCCAAGGACAGGAAGUGGCCGUUCGUCGAGGAGAAAUGGCAGUACAAACAAUCCGUGACGCCCGAGGACAAAAUAAACUCGUCGGAUCUCGUCAGAAAACAUCUGCUGCAGUUACUGGCGUUCCUCCGAGACAGUAUCUCCUCCGAGGAGCCGGAGUGGGCCGUUGCCGUGGUUUUCCUGCUCGACCGCCUGCUGUACUGGAUGGACGGCUCUCAUCUGCUGUUGAAGAUUGCUAAAGCGUUGCACAAGCGUUACCCGGACGUUCCCAUCGCCCCUCAGGUCAUCAUCAGACAGGCUCGUGUCUAUCUGAACACCGGUAAGCUGCAGAAGGCCGAGCUGAUCCUCAGCAGUCUGAUCAGCAGCGCUUCAACAGGCUCGUGGACGUAUCAGAAGUUCAGUGAUCAGACGCUAGUGCAAGCCGUCGGUCUUCAGGUGCGAGGGCAAGUGCUGCAGACGCUCGGCCUGUGGCUGGAGGCUGCUGAACUCAUAUGGGCGUCUCUGAUCGGUUUUUACACUCUUCCACAACCUGAUAAAAAGGGUAUUGGGACGUCUCUCGGGCUCCUGGCAAACACCCUGACCUCCAUGAAUGACCGGGACUUCACUGCGCUUCAGGAGAAGCCUCAUAUUGACCUGGGUUUUCUCGGAGAGAGUGGUCAUCGUCUGCUGUCUGCGGCGCGGGCGGCCAAAAUGGCCGUUGUGUUCAGUCAGUACGGAUCGCUGUACGUUCUGACCAAUGUGGUCGCUCAGGGCAUCUGUCUACUAUCCUAUAGCUUCUCAAAAAAAUGCCCUGCAGAGGAUCAGCAGACGUACCUGGCUUUAGCUAAAGAGGCCUUUGAGAUCGGCUUGUUAACAAAGACGACAGGAGACGUCGUCACCAGCAAGCUGGAGCUGCACACGUUCCUCAAAGCCUCUUACUGCUUAGCUGUGGCUCACAGAUGGAUGCUCGGCCCGUCCGAGACCACCGCCUCAGCCAUGAGCGUCUGUCGGGAAGCCAUGACUUUAUUCAUAGAUUAUUGCGCUAGAGGAGAUUCUCGUCGUGCCAAGAUCAUGGCGAAGAUACAGCAGAUUAAGUUGCUGCUGAAGGUGAAAACCUUUCGGAAUUCUGAUCCCCAGUCGUUUAUUCCCGACAUCUACCGUUCCAUGGAGUUCGGGCGGUCUUGUUCACGCUUCGGUGACUUCGCGAAGGCACUGGAUGUUUCCGGAAAGCACCACCAGUCUAUGCAGAAAGACGAUCAUUCACGUCCGUUCGAUCCAUCUGGCAGCGGAUCGUCUUUAUAUCUGGCCGAUACUGAACAGAGCAGCCUCGGUUCUUAUGAGCUGGUUGAUGACUUCAGCAGCGGAAGCAUCAUCAAUCCGAGCAAUCAAAGUAGUGCUAGUCCCUCUGUCCCCAACACCUUUAGAAACAACAGUGGAAACCCUAGUCAAUCCCAACUGAUGCAAAAGCUCGCCACAUCUGAAGAUGUUGAGGACAUCCUAUCCAAAAAAUCAAACACCCAACACAAAGGCAAUCAGAAGAACGCAAAGAUGUCUUCGAGCUCCUUCAGCAGUGGAUCUUCAUGGGAACGUGUUUCAAGACAGUCUCAAAGUAGCAUAGAAACUGAGGGGGACAUUGAAGAUCCCUCUCACGAAGGCAGCCAUGCAAGGGUUAGUUGCACCAAAGGAGGAAGCACUUCUGCACAUUCCCUCUGUGAUAGCUCUGCAUCACGUUCUUCUUGGCAAAAACUCUCCAUAAGCCCCAUCGCUAAUGGAGAACAUCUUGAGCAUCAUUCUCAGAGCAGCAUAGAAACCGAGGAAGACAUUGUAGAUGCCUUUCAUGAAGGCAAUGAUGCAAGAGUUAGUCGCACCAAAGGAGGGAGCACUUCUUCGUUUUCCCUCUGUGAUAGCUCUGCAUCACGUUCUUCUUGGCAAAAAUUCACUAUUAGCCCCAUCGCUAAUAGAGAACAUCUUGAACAUCAUUCUCAGAGCAGCAUAGAAACCGAGGAGGACAUUGUAGAUGCUUCUAAUGAAGGCAAUGAUGCAAGGGUUAGUCGCACCAAAAGGAGCACUUCUUCGUUUUCCCUUUGUGAUAGCUCUGAAUCACGUUCUUCUUGGCAAAAACUCUCCAUUAGCCCCAUCGCUAAUAGAGAACAUCUUGAACAUCAUUCUCAGAGCAGCAUAGAAACUGAGGAGGACAUUGUAGAUGCUUCUCAUGAAGGCAGCCAUGCAAGGGUUAGUCGCACCAAAGAAGGAAGCACUUCUGCACAUUCCCUCUGUGAUAGCUCUGCAUCACGUUCUUCUUGGCAAAAACUCUCCAUAAGCCCCAUUGCUGAUGAAGAACGUCUCGAACAUCAUUCUCAGAGCAGCAUAGAAACCGAGGAAGAAUUGAUUGACCUUUCACAUAGUAGCAGAGAAAUCAAUAAUGACGCAAAGGUUGGUUGCACAAAAGGUGGAAGUACUUCUUCAUUUUCACUUUGCGACAGCUCUGCAUCACGUUCUUCUUGGCAAAAACUCUCCAUUGCUAAUGUAGAACAACUUGAAUUAACGCACACGAAAGAAAGGACAGAUCAGCGCCUUGAGGUCCCAGACAAGAUUCCAGAAUGCCCAGGAACUCUGUCGUCCACCGAGAGUGACCCAUUCGAGGAACUGGGGUUCGAGCAUCUGUCUACAGCCUCGUCACCGUGCAAGGACUGCUUUAAGAACUGCAUCAUGGGAAGCGACGUCCUGACUGAGCGUGACUACCGAUCUCUCUUGGCUGGAGCUUGUCAGCGCUGCCUGCUUGAGAGGCUGCCGAACAAAGCGCUGAAGCCCCUGGAUCCCAUACAGCUGGAGAAGGCCUACGACGCCGUGGUGUUGAAGUACUCGAGGGCCGCUGAUGUCUGGAUAGGCUCUGAGAGCAGUGUUUAUGUCGGGAAACUGAUGGGUGUCCAGGGCAAACAGAGACGAGCCAUCGAGGUGCAGUACCUUCACCAGGAACAACUUCUCAGCAGCUAUGUAGGAAAGGAAUAUCUGAAGGCUAAAGGGCUCCACGCGCACCUCGAUGACGUGGAGAGACAGAUGACCGCGCAGUACUACGUUACGGAGUUUAAUAAACGCCUGUACGAUAAUAACGUCACGACCCAGAUCUUCUUCAUCCCGUCUGAAGUGCUGCUGAUUCUGGAGAAGGAUCGAAUCGUGACCUGUUUGUCUGCAGAGCCGUACAUGUCCGGGACGUUCGUAAAACUCACAAACAACACACGGGAUACUGACGAGAGGCAUGACGCCACUAAAUACGGCAUCGCCUUCGGUCACUUCACCUACGAGUUCUCCGCUCAUCAAGAGGUCGUGGUGGAUCUGCAGGGGUGGAUCACGGCGAACGGCAAGGGCUUGACGUAUCUGACCGACCCUCAGAUUCACUCGCUGCUGAAGCCCAGGUCCAGUAACUUCCAGCAGACCGGGAUCGACAACUUCAUCAGGCAUCAGCACGGAGACCAGUGCAACGAGAUCUGUCGCGCCGCCGGACUCGCGCACAUCGGACCUACUGGGCGUCAAAAACCGGCUUGAUCGAGCAUUACAGAAAAUAUGUUCCUGUAAAAGAGAUGUUGUAUUUACAGGCAACAUUAACUCAUUGUUCAUAUGAGAAAUGAGGAAGUGACUAUCGUCAUUAUCUGACCGCAUGUUUGCAGAUCCAGGUUGUGAAAUAUCUGGGGUCAUAUGACAGUGUCAUCAUUAGUGCAUCAUGUGACCGAAACCAGAUCUGCUCCAUUCCUGAGCUUCAACACAAACAUCACUAAGG